AUGGUCAAGCUUCUCGUCGAAGAAGCCGGUGGGGAUCUCAACCUUCUCAAUGACCGACAAGAAGGGCUGCUAUCCGAAGUGGCUGUACGUACGCAUUGCUUUUGGUCGAAAUGGGAUGAUGGCACAUCUCACUAUGGUUUUAUCAGGGCGCGGCAGUCGCCAGCCUGGAAAGCCCAGGUAGACGCUGAGACCAUGGCCGAAAUGGUGGCCAUGACAGCUUUUUUUCUGAACCUCGGGGCGGAUAUCCGCCGGGCCGGAGGGGAUCUGGCAUUGGCGAAUGCAAUCAAGUCUCACAACGCAGAACUGGCCCAGUUGCUGCAGGCGCGAGGGGCCCGUAUUCAAGCGCUGAAUGAGUCGGAUCAGCCGGCUCUCGAACUUCUAGAUUUACUCUAUACUAUUCUAUACUAA